CGCACUAUGUCUAUUUGAACGGUUACGCACAUAGCUAUGUAUUUCUUACGUUGUUGAAUUGUUCGUCUUAUUAUUCUCGGGAGAUGGCGGCGUAGUGUGAAAACUUCUAUAGUGAAAAUUCAAAAAAGUGAAUUUAGUGAAAAACGCGUGUAAGGACUAGGAACGCGGAAACAAUAUUUACGUUAUUAAAUGGUAAUGCAUGCCAGGAAACCGCAACGUUUGCUAAGCGAUGGAUAUCAUCAGUCUCAUCAGUAUCAGAACACAAAAUAUAGUUCCUCCAAAAGGGACUAUGAACGCGAAUCUUCGUCUAGAUCCACUUGUUAUAAUCGGGAUCGGGAUAAUUCACCAGCUGGAGGAACAAUAAAUGGUAGACGUGACCGUGACCGUGACCGUGACCGUGACCGUGACCGUGAUCGUGAUCGUGAUCGUGAUCGUGAUCGUGAUCGUGAUCGUGAAAGAGAAAGAGAUCGUGAUCGAUAUCAAUCAUCUGGGUACGCAAUGAGUAAACUGCGUGACAAGGAACGCGAUCGAGAUUAUAAAAAAGAAAAAUAUUCAGACUGUUCUCGGUCACCUAAGAGAGGCCGCAGUGAAAGAGACAUAGAUCAUCGUGUAAUGCACGAUAGGAGAUUUAAAAUGACGACAUCUUCACUCCUCGAUAAACGCGGAACUUCUAGUGAUGAUCGCGAACGUGAACGAAUUGAACGAGAUAGAGAUCGCGAACGAGAUCGUUUACGAGAACGCGAGCGCGACAGAAGCGGUGGUGGUAAUAUCGGUGGUAUCGGAGGUAAUGCUAAUACUAGCAACAACAUGGGAGUACUAGGCAGCAUUUCAGCGACUAUAAUUGCCAAUGCGCUUAAUAGUGGAAAUUCUAACAGCAGUAUGAUAAGCUCUUCUGUAAAUACUCCUGCUGGUAAUACAAGCAGUAGUGUUGGAGGUAACAUAUCUGGAAAUAGUAUCAACCAAAGCAACGAUCGAGAUCGUGUGAACCGUGUUGGAGAUUGGAGUGAACAUGUUAGCUCAUCCGGAAAAAAAUAUUACUAUAACUGCAAAACAGAAGUAUCGCAAUGGGAAAAGCCUCGCGAGUGGAUAGAGAAAGAAAGUCGUGUGUUAGUUAAGGAGCAGCAGCGGGAUUAUCGAGAAAAAGAUCGCGACCGUGAUAAAGAUAGGUGCGGAGAAAAAGAACGUGAUGAACGCUAUACGUCAACUAUAGUAAAUCGUUCAUCCGCUUCAGCAUACGGAAAACAUUCCAGCAGCAGUAGCAGCAGUAGCAGCAAAAAUAAUUCUCGAGGACGAUGGCAACCCUUAGAAAACCAAUUAGCUUCUUCAAGAAGGCGAACCAUCGAGGAAGAAAAUCCGGACAUGGAUAUCAGUCCUGGUGACUCUACACCAACCUCGGAUGCUAGUUAUUCUCACUCUAGUACACCCACUGCUGGUCUAUCUCAAAUAGGUUCCCAGCAUUCACAGACAAAUAUUGGUAUAUCUGGUGGAAGUGGCAGUACAAACACAACAGCUAUCGCUGUUUCGAGUAGUUUAACACCGAUGUCAUCAUCUGUGAUUGGAUUAAACACCGCCGUUGGAAACAACAGCAAUGCGGUUUUGGAAGGUGUUAACCAUAACUUACCUGGUCUCUUGCCACGAAUGGUGUCCAACUCUGCAGUUAACCAAACAUGCGCUUACGCACAGUCGACGGCACCACAAGGUGUAGUGUCCUCAUUUAAUCCAACUUCAUGCUCUUCCUUGGGGGUGAGUAUGCUGUCUCCAGCCUUGCAUCACGCCACGCAUAAUUCUGGUACUGCUGCUUCGACAUUAUCGUGUACACAAGCAUGCCCACCAGAUGUAGGAAUUCUCAGCUCUAAUGCCCCAGGACCUUCAUCAUCACUUACGUCAUCGCAGCAACAAAAUGUUUCAACUCAUUCAGUAACACAACAACAAGGCUCUACAAUUAUGCAACAGAUCACUCAUGUGCAACAGCAACCGUUACAUUCUCAACAUUUCACGCAGUCUUCCAUCCAAGCAUCAUCUGCUAGCAGUGGGACAGUCAUCAGUGUCACAACAUCGUUAGCAGGAUUACCCAAAAUUCUUUCUCAGAUUACUGGAAACAAAUCCAUAGAACAGAAUGACCUUAAUCCACAAAAGGCCUUGCAAACUAUCAAUAAUGCGUUAAUGAUGCAGUCCCGGCAACAGAAUCCCAGUAUUGUGCAUGAUAUAGGCAACAGUCCUUCAAUGUUGAUUAAUUUAAGAGAGCAUGCAUUACAAUCGCCACUUUACAACGUAUCUAAUUUAUCGCAUACUGUCCAUUCGUCUUCUCUUCCAAUUGGAUCGGCAAUUCUUUUAAAUCACAGCACACAACACAAUAAUACAUCCAAUAGCCAAUCGAAUAUGAUAAACAACAUGAACUUGGGAGGAUGCAGUAGUGGUAAUACAGCCCUUACGAGUGAUGGACCUCCGACCCCUACGCAAGAGCUUGAUUUGCCAUUGGUAGAUCAUAGAAAAAUAGAUGGAUUGGGUAACGUUGUGGUGACAUCGACUACGUCCAGCUCCGUAUGCAGUCUACAGAGCGUCAUGGCGUCAUCUCAAUGCGGCCGAUCUCAGGGUCCAAAUUUAACGCCUAGCUUAGCAAAAUAUUUCCGUGCCGAUCUUAUAUCUCACGUUACUGGAUGGCCAUCAGAAAUAUUGGAAAAGACGAUUCAAAAACUUUCCGAGGAAGCACAUAUUUUAGGAGAUUUACAAUGCAGCAAAGUAUCUGCUGAGUUAAAAUGUGCAAGAAGUUUAGUUAGAAUAACCGAAAUUACUGCAACCCUGCAAGAACAGAAAAUAAUGUAUCUGCGUCAGCAAAUUCGUAGAUUAGAAGAAUCUAAGUCGGAAAAUUCAUUUAUGUCAUCAGAUGAUCUUUAGCAUAGAUAAAAUGGAUGCUAUAUGUGUAACGAGACAUCAGUAAAGGCAGUGGAUAUGCAAUUAAAAUUUGUAAUUAAAUUAAGGGAACUUGAAUGUAAAGGUUACAUUGCGUACAUAAUACAUAAUUCUGAAUAUGUUCAACCGAUGUUGACACAAAUAUACGUAUUCAAUUAGAAAUGAAAAACAAAUGCUGUUUUGAGAAUAUAUUUAUUAUGCCAAAAAAUCGAUGAAUUACGUUUGUGAAUUUAAUUUAUGACAGCUUCCCUAACUAAAUAUAUUAGAACGUCGAUUAUCCGGGUAGCUCGGGAAAGGGCGGAUGCCGGUUAAUCGAAUUCCACGAAUAAUGGUCCAAGAAAUGUCAAAUUCAUAUAAAAAUUCAUCUAACCGUAGCAAUAGACGAUGCGCAAUCUCAGAUUGCGCA